GUUUUGAGUUGUGCUUCGCGACGGUUGUUGAUCUAUCUCAAGUGCUCCCACGAAUACGAAAUAUGCACACGAAUCUGCCCAAUUGAGCAUCAAGCGAAUAAAACUAGUGCCAAACGAAGCGAUAAUUGUGAUCAAUAAAAACAACGAAAUACAAACGAACAGCAAUCUAAUAUACUAAGUUAAGCCACCAAAUAAGUAAGGCAAGUGCAAGAGUACAAGGUGCAACACAAUAUUCAUUCCACAUAGUCAGUGAUUACCUCAUCUGUGUGUAAAUCAAGCCAACAGAAUGGUAUCAAAAAGUAAUAAAAAGAAACAAGUGUCGCAGUCAACGUCGCAGCCGCCAGCCACAUCAAGCACAACCACAUCGGCCUCGGCCUCGGCGACCAAAUUAACCAAAAAACUGGGACCCAAUGCGACGGCAACGCUAACGACCAACACCAGCUCGUCGUCAAUGGAGCAUGAAUCUGUCUCGUAUGGGGUGACGCCGCCUGACGCCACCGGCCGCAGCUCCGGCAGCAACACCUUGCUGAAGGAAGGUGAAAGUCUGCUGGCAGCUGGUGGCUCCAGCUACAGUUCCAGCUCGUACACAGCGAAGAAAACUCAAUUGCAAUCUCAGUCACAGACACAGCAAUCGGAGCUGUUUAGCAGCAGCAGCAGUUCCAAAAUCUUUAAGGACUUCUCGGACGAAAAGAUCAUUGCGUCAAUUGAUCUGCUGGAGAGCGAGAAGAAGGAACCGGUAUUCUCGGUACCCAUUGAGGUGGUGGAAAUCACAGCUCCUGCUGGCCUCAUUAGCUCUGCCAGCAGUGGCAGCAUAUCCAAAAUGUAUGCGUCCACAUCAAAAGUGUCCAGUAGCCGACAGCAGGCGAGCAGCUCCAGUUACUUUGAGUCUUCCACAACCAGUUCCAGCCAGCAGCAGCAGCAGCAGCAGCAACGGAUCGAUGCUAGUGAAACGCUCAUUGCAAGCGAGAGAGCGGCUACCGGUAUGACAUCAUCCACAUUGUCGAACAGCAAAUUCGUUGAUGUGGCCGAACAGGUUGUCAGCGAUAGCAGCAACACGAACACGAUCACCAAUACAAACAUCAACAUCAACACCAACACCAACGCCAACACCAACACUAACACCAGCACCAGCACCACUACGAACAUCAACACCAACACUAGCGAAUCUCAGAGCGUGCCAAAGUCGGUGCUUGGAACAGCUGCUGUGGGUGUCUCUGCUGAUUCGUCAUCAACAACAACAACAACGGCGAAAUCGAUGACGUCGCAACGUAAACCGGUUCCGACCACAACAAACAUUGCGACGUCAUCGACGUUGAAUGAGCUGGCUAGCAGCAGCAGUAGCACCAAGAACAGCAACAACAACACCUCCUCAAUAUCAACAACAACAGCUGUUAACUUUGAUGUGGAGAAGGCAACGUCAUCGAAGACCAAACUGAGCAGCAGUAAGGAGGUCAAUAGACGUGAAAGCACAACAAAUCAGAGCAGCACAAAACAAUCAACGGCCUCGUCCAAGAAAGAAGUGUACGAUGUGAAGACAAAGACCUGGACAGAGUACAGCGAGGGCAGCCCACCACAUGGCAGCAACAAGAAGGUGCCCACUUUUGAGCGAUACGUGAGCAAAGACACCGAUGGCACCACCAAAAUCACAUAUAAGAAGAAGAUAUACGACAGGCGCAACAAUCGGUGGCGCGUGGUGGACGAGCGCACAGUGGAUAGCAGCAAUGAUGUCGGCUACCCAGAAAUAGUUGAUGAUGUCAUCAAUACAACGACCACAACAUACACCACCAAGGUGUACGACACCAAGCUGGGCAAGUGGACAGUCGUGGACGAGAAAUCGUAUACGGACUCGAAAGCUUUUGUGCCGAAUGAUAUAGCUCGUGAAAUCGAAAAAGAUAACACCGAUGUUGCAAACAUAACGACAACAACAGAGGUGACAAAGAUAUUCGAUGCUAGCAUUAACGACUGGCGCGUCCUCGAUGAGAAGGUGCACACGGAUGUCAUCGAGAAAAUUGUGGAGGCUCCCAAGAAAACAAUCUAUGUGGAUGAGUUUGUGGAAAUUGAGAAGAAUACAUCCAUAUCGGAGAACAAUGAAAAUAUCACAUUGAAUCUGAACGAGACAUCGAAACACAAAAAUAUUACGGAGAAUAUUUAUGAUGAAAUCGAUUAUGUGCGCACCGACAAGAAACGCCUAAACGAUUCAAGAACUCGUGGAGUCGACAAAGACAGAACAACAACACACAGUGAGAAAUGUAUCUGUGAAAUAUGCACUUGCGGCCGUCAUCAUUGCUCUACAAGCACCACAAAGUCCACAGAAAUUGUUGAAAUAGAUGAUAAUGUUGACGAAACUUAUACAAGGAUACGUACUAACACUUGGUCCAAGAAAGAUGAUAACAUUCCUAAGAAACCUGAAGACAUAUUUGUAGAUUAUAUUGUGAUAAAGAAACCCGAAGACAAUCUUAAGACCGAAGGAGAGUUUAUAAUUCCAGAAAAAGAGCGCUACAAGCCAGGCGAAAGACGUGAAAAAAUUAUACACACUGAUAAUCUGCGUAUGGACGGAGAAAUGACAUUUGUCGAAAAAGAGGAAUAUCAAUAUGUCGUUCGCCCUGGAUACGUUAAACCUGCAGAUAAUCUGAAGCCUGAAGGAGAAUUCUUCAGUCCUCAGAAACCUAAAUAUCAGCCGGGCGAUCGCCCAACUCAAGUACGACACGCAGACAAUUUAAAGCCGGAAGGCGACUUUUAUGCCCCAGAAAAAAUUGAAUUUCGCCCAGCUGAGCGUCCAUCGCAAGUCAGGCCGGAAGAUAACUUGAGACCUGAAGGCGAAUUUUAUACUCCAGAUAAGCCUGGUUACAAGCCCGCGGAGCGCCCUACUCAAAAGAAACCUGUUGACAAUCUCAAGCCCGAAGGUGAAUUUGUCGCACCCGAAAAACCAGCGUACCGACCAGCAGAUAAAACAGAACGAAUCAUCAGGCACGAUAAUCUGCGAACUGAAGGUGAAAUGACUUUUGUGGAAAAGGAGGAAUAUCAAUAUGUGGUCCGCCCUGAACAGGUGAAGCCAACGGAUAAUCUAAAGCCCGAAGGCGAAUUUUAUAGUCCUGAAAAGCCAAAGUAUCGUCCAGGUGAACGUCCAUCUCAAGUGCGACCGGAGGAUAACUUGAAACCUGAGGGCCAGUUCUACACUCCAGAUAAACCAGGAUAUAGACCUGCCGAUCGUCCGGUACAAAAGAUUCCACAAGACAAUUUGCGGCCAGAAGGUGAUUUUUACACUCCUGAAAGGCCAAAAUAUCAGCCAGGUGAACGGCCUUCUCAAGUACGACCAGGAGAUAAUUUAAAGCCAGAGGGGGAUUUCUAUACUCCAGAUAAACCUGGAUACAGACCGGCUGAGCGUCCAGAACAAGUAAAGCCAACGGAUAAUCUUAAGCCUGAAGGCGAGUUCUACAGCCCAGAGAAGCCGAAGUAUCGUCCUGGUGAGCGUCCAUCUCAAGUCAGACCAGAAGAUAACUUAAGACCAGAGGGUGAAUUCUAUACUCCAGAUAAGCCUGGAUAUAGACCAGCAGAGCGUCCAGUCCAAAAGAAACCAGUGGAUAAUCUGAAGCCCGAAGGCGAAUUCGUCGCACCUGAGAAACAAGUUUACCGACCUGCUGAAAAGACGGAAAGAAUCAUCAGAGAGGAUAAUUUGCGUACAGAAGGCGAAAUGACAUUUGUGGAAAGAGAGGAAUAUCAAUAUGUUGUUCGUCCCGAGCAGGUGAAACCAACGGAUAAUCUUAAGCCCGAAGGCGAGUUCUAUAGUCCUGAAAAACCGAAGUAUCGCCCAGCAGAGCGUCCAUCUCAAGUUCGACCAGAGGACAACUUGAAGCCAGAGGGUGAUUUCUAUACUCCAGAUAAACCUGGAUACAGACCUGCUGAGCGUCCAGAACAAGUAAAGCCAACAGAUAAUCUUAAGCCUGAAGGCGAGUUCUACAGCCCAGAGAAGCCGAAGUACCGUCCUGGUGAGCGUCCUUCCCAAGUCAGACCAGAGGACAACUUGAAGCCAGAGGGUGAUUUCUAUACUCCAGAUAAACCUGGGUAUAGACCGGCUGAGCGUCCAGAACAAGUAAAGCCAACGGAUAAUCUUAGGCCUGAAGGCGAAUUUUAUAGUCCUGAAAAGCCGAAGUACCGUCCUGGUGAGCGUCCUUCCCAAGUCAGACCAGAAGAUAACUUAAGACCAGAGGGUGAUUUCUAUACUCCAGAUAAGCCUGGAUAUAGACCAGCAGAGCGUCCAGUCCAAAAGAAACCAGUGGAUAAUCUGAAGCCCGAAGGCGAAUUCGUCGCACCUGAGAAACAAGUUUACCGACCUGCUGAAAAGACGGAAAGAAUCAUCAGAGAGGAUAAUUUGCGUACAGAAGGCGAAAUGACAUUUGUGGAAAGAGAGGAAUAUCAAUAUGUUGUUCGUCCCGAGCAGGUGAAACCAACGGAUAAUCUUAAGCCCGAAGGCGAGUUCUAUAGUCCUGAAAAACCGAAGUAUCGCCCAGCAGAGCGUCCAUCUCAAGUUCGACCAGAGGACAACUUGAAGCCAGAGGGUGAUUUCUAUACUCCAGAUAAACCUGGAUACAGACCUGCUGAGCGUCCAGAACAAGUAAAGCCAACAGAUAAUCUUAAGCCUGAAGGCGAGUUCUACAGCCCAGAGAAGCCGAAGUACCGUCCUGGUGAGCGUCCAUCUCAAGUCAGACCAGAGGACAACUUGAAACCAGAGGGUGAAUUCUAUACUCCAGAUAAACCUGGGUAUAGACCGGCAGAGCGUCCAGUCCAAAAGAAACCAGUGGAUAAUCUGAAGCCCGAAGGCGAAUUCGUAGCACCUGAGAAACAAGUUUUCCGACCUGCUGAAAAGACCGAAAGAAUCAUCAGAGAGGAUAAUUUGCGUACUGAAGGCGAAAUGACAUUUGUGGAAAGAGAGGAAUAUCAAUAUGUUGUUCGUCCUGAGCAGGUGAAACCAACGGAUAAUCUUAAGCCCGAAGGCGAGUUUUAUAGUCCUGAAAAACCGAAGUAUCGCCCAGCAGAGCGUCCAUCUCAAGUUCGACCAGAGGACAACUUGAAGCCAGAGGGUGAUUUCUAUACUCCAGAUAAACCUGGAUACAGACCUGCUGAACGUCCAGAACAAGUAAAACCAACAGAUAAUCUUAAGCCUGAAGGCGAGUUCUAUAGUCCUGAAAAACCGAAGUACCGUCCUGGUGAGCGUCCAUCUCAAGUCAGACCAGAGGACAACUUGAAACCAGAGGGUGAAUUCUAUACUCCAGAUAAACCUGGGUAUAGACCGGCUGAGCGUCCAGAACAAGUAAAGCCAACGGAUAAUCUUAAGCCUGAAGGCGAAUUUUAUAGUCCUGAAAAGCCGAAGUACCGUCCUGGUGAGCGUCCUUCCCAAGUCAGACCAGAAGAUAACUUAAGACCAGAGGGUGAAUUCUAUACUCCAGAUAAGCCUGGAUAUAGACCAGCAGAGCGUCCAGUCCAAAAGAAACCAGUGGAUAAUCUGAAGCCCGAAGGCGAAUUCGUAGCACCUGAGAAACAAGUUUUCCGACCUGCUGAAAAGACCGAAAGAAUCAUCAGAGAGGAUAAUUUGCGUACUGAAGGCGAAAUGACAUUUGUGGAAAGAGAGGAAUAUCAAUAUGUUGUUCGUCCUGAGCAGGUGAAACCAACGGAUAAUCUUAAGCCCGAAGGCGAGUUCUAUAGUCCUGAAAAACCGAAGUAUCGCCCAGCAGAGCGUCCAUCUCAAGUUCGACCAGAGGACAACUUGAAGCCAGAGGGUGAUUUCUAUACUCCAGAUAAACCCGGAUACAGACCGGCUGAGCGUCCAGAACAAGUAAAACCAACGGAUAAUCUUAAGCCUGAAGGCGAGUUCUACAGCCCAGAGAAGCCGAAGUACCGUCCUGGUGAGCGUCCAUCUCAAGUCAGACCAGAGGACAACUUGAAGCCAGAGGGUGAAUUCUAUACUCCAGAAAAGCCUGGAUAUAGACCAGCAGAGCGUCCAGUCCAAAAGAAACCAGUUGAUAAUCUGAAGCCCGAAGGCGAAUUCGUAGCACCUGAAAAACAAGUUUUCCGACCUGCUGAAAAGACCGAAAGAAUCAUCAGAGAGGAUAAUUUGCGUACUGAAGGAGAAAUGACAUUUGUGGAAAGAGAGGAAUAUCAAUAUGUUGUUCGUCCUGAGCAGGUGAAACCAACGGAUAAUCUUAAGCCCGAAGGCGAGUUCUAUAGUCCUGAAAAACCGAAGUAUCGCCCAGCAGAGCGUCCAUCUCAAGUUCGACCAGAGGACAACUUGAAGCCAGAGGGUGAUUUCUAUACUCCAGAUAAACCCGGAUACAGACCGGCUGAGCGUCCAGAACAAGUAAAACCAACGGAUAAUCUUAAGCCUGAAGGCGAGUUCUACAGCCCAGAGAAGCCGAAGUACCGUCCUGGUGAGCGUCCAUCUCAAGUCAGACCAGAGGACAACUUGAAGCCAGAGGGUGAAUUCUAUACUCCAGAAAAGCCUGGAUAUAGACCAGCAGAGCGUCCAGUCCAAAAGAAACCAGUUGAUAAUCUGAAGCCCGAAGGCGAAUUCGUAGCACCUGAAAAACAAGUUUUCCGACCUGCUGAAAAGACCGAAAGAAUCAUCAGAGAGGAUAAUUUGCGUACUGAAGGAGAAAUGACAUUUGUGGAAAGAGAGGAAUAUCAAUAUGUUGUUCGUCCUGAGCAGGUGAAACCAACGGAUAAUCUUAAGCCCGAAGGCGAGUUCUAUAGUCCUGAAAAACCGAAGUAUCGCCCAGCAGAGCGUCCAUCUCAAGUUCGCCCAGAGGAUAACUUAAAGCCAGAGGGUGAUUUCUAUACUCCAGAAAAACCUGGAUACAGACCGGCUGAGCGUCCAGAGCAAGUAAAGCCAACGGAUAAUCUAAAGCCUGAAGGCGAAUUUUAUAGUCCUGAAAAGCCGAAGUACCGUCCUGGUGAGCGUCCUUCCCAAGUCAGACCAGAGGAUAACUUAAGACCAGAGGGUGAAUUCUAUACUCCAGAUAAACCCGGAUACAGACCGGCUGAGCGUCCAGAACAAGUAAAGCCAACGGAUAAUCUUAAGCCUGAAGGCGAGUUCUAUAGUCCUGAAAAACCGAAGUACCGUCCUGGUGAGCGUCCUUCCCAAGUCAGACCAGAAGAUAACUUAAGACCAGAGGGUGAUUUCUAUACUCCAGAAAAGCCUGGAUAUAGACCAGCAGAGCGUCCAGUCCAAAAGAAACCAGUGGAUAAUCUGAAGCCCGAAGGCGAAUUCGUCGCACCUGAGAAACAAGUUUACCGACCUGCUGAAAAGACGGAAAGAAUCAUCAGAGAGGAUAAUUUGCGUACAGAAGGCGAAAUGACAUUUGUGGAAAGAGAGGAAUAUCAAUAUGUUGUUCGUCCUGAGCAGGUGAAACCAACGGAUAAUCUUAAGCCCGAAGGCGAGUUCUAUAGUCCUGAAAAACCGAAGUAUCGCCCAGCAGAGCGUCCAUCUCAAGUUCGACCAGAGGACAACUUGAAGCCAGAGGGUGAUUUCUAUACUCCAGAUAAACCUGGAUACAGACCUGCUGAGCGUCCAGAACAAGUAAAGCCAACAGAUAAUCUUAAGCCUGAAGGCGAGUUCUACAGCCCAGAGAAGCCGAAGUACCGUCCUGGUGAGCGUCCAUCUCAAGUCAGACCAGAGGACAACUUGAAACCAGAGGGUGAAUUCUAUACUCCAGAUAAACCUGGGUAUAGACCGGCUGAGCGUCCAGAACAAGUAAAGCCAACGGAUAAUCUUAAGCCUGAAGGCGAAUUUUAUAGUCCUGAAAAGCCGAAGUACCGUCCUGGUGAGCGUCCUUCCCAAGUCAGACCAGAAGAUAACUUAAGACCAGAGGGUGAAUUCUAUACUCCAGAUAAGCCUGAGUAUAGACCAGCAGAGCGUCCAGUCCAAAAGAAACCAGUGGAUAAUCUGAAGCCCGAAGGCGAAUUCGUAGCACCUGAGAAACAAGUUUUCCGACCUGCUGAAAAGACCGAAAGAAUCAUCAGAGAGGAUAAUUUGCGUACUGAAGGCGAAAUGACAUUUGUGGAAAGAGAGGAAUAUCAAUAUGUUGUUCGUCCUGAGCAGGUGAAACCAACGGAUAAUCUUAAGCCCGAAGGCGAGUUCUAUAGUCCUGAAAAACCGAAGUAUCGCCCAGCAGAGCGUCCAUCUCAAGUUCGACCAGAGGACAACUUGAAGCCAGAGGGUGAUUUCUAUACUCCAGAUAAACCCGGAUACAGACCGGCUGAGCGUCCAGAACAAGUAAAACCAACGGAUAAUCUUAAGCCUGAAGGCGAAUUCUACAGCCCAGAGAAGCCGAAGUACCGUCCUGGUGAGCGUCCAUCUCAGUUCAGACCAGAGGACAACUUGAAGCCAGAGGGUGAAUUCUAUACUCCAGAAAAGCCUGGAUAUAGACCAGCAGAGCGUCCAGUCCAAAAGAAACCAGUUGAUAAUCUGAAGCCCGAAGGCGAAUUCGUAGCACCUGAAAAACAAGUUUUCCGACCUGCUGAAAAGACCGAAAGAAUCAUCAGAGAGGAUAAUUUGCGUACUGAAGGAGAAAUGACAUUUGUGGAAAGAGAGGAAUAUCAAUAUGUUGUUCGUCCUGAGCAGGUGAAACCAACGGAUAAUCUUAAGCCCGAAGGCGAGUUCUAUAGUCCUGAAAAACCGAAGUAUCGCCCAGCAGAGCGUCCAUCUCAAGUUCGCCCAGAGGACAACUUGAAGCCAGAGGGUGAUUUCUAUACUCCAGAUAAACCCGGAUACAGACCGGCAGAGCGUCCAGAACAAGUAAAACCAACGGAUAAUCUAAAGCCUGAAGGCGAAUUUUAUAGUCCUGAAAAGCCGAAGUACCGUCCUGGUGAGCGUCCUUCCCAAGUCAGACCAGAAGAUAACUUAAGACCAGAGGGUGAAUUCUAUACUCCAGAUAAACCUGAGUAUAGACCAGCAGAGCGUCCAGUCCAAAAGAAACCAGUGGAUAAUCUGAAGCCCGAAGGCGAAUUCGUAGCACCUGAGAAACAAGUUUUCCGACCUGCUGAAAAGACCGAAAGAAUCAUCAGAGAGGAUAAUUUGCGUACUGAAGGCGAAAUGACAUUUGUGGAAAGAGAGGAAUAUCAAUAUGUUGUUCGUCCAGAGCAGGUGAAACCAACGGAUAAUCUUAAGCCCGAAGGCGAGUUCUAUAGUCCUGAAAAACCGAAGUAUCGCCCAGCCGAGCGUCCAUCUCAAGUUCGACCAGAGGACAACUUGAAGCCAGAGGGUGAUUUCUAUACUCCAGAUAAACCCGGAUACAGACCUGCUGAACGUCCAGAACAAGUAAAGCCAACAGACAAUCUUAAGCCCGAAGGCGAGUUCUACAGCCCAGAGAAGCCGAAGUACCGUCCUGGUGAGCGUCCAUCUCAAGUCAGACCAGAGGACAACUUGAAACCAGAGGGUGAUUUCUACACUCCAGAUAAACCCGGAUACAGACCGGCUGAGCGUCCAGAACAAGUAAAACCAACGGAUAAUCUUAAGCCUGAAGGCGAGUUCUACAGCCCAGAGAAGCCGAAGUACCGUCCUGGUGAGCGUCCAUCUCAAGUUCGACCAGAGGACAACUUGAAGCCAGAGGGUGAUUUCUACACCCCAGAAAAGCCUGGAUAUAGACCAGCAGAGCGUCCAGUCCAAAAGAAACCAGUGGAUAAUCUGAAGCCAGAAGGUGAAUUCGUAGCACCUGAGAAACAAGUUUUCCGACCUGCUGAAAAGACCGAAAGAAUCAUCAGAGAGGAUAAUUUGCGUACUGAAGGCGAAAUGACAUUUGUGGAAAGAGAGGAAUAUCAAUAUGUUGUUCGUCCAGAGCAGGUGAAACCAACGGAUAAUCUUAAGCCCGAAGGCGAGUUCUAUAGUCCUGAAAAACCGAAGUAUCGCCCAGCCGAGCGUCCAUCUCAAGUUCGACCAGAGGACAACUUGAAGCCAGAGGGUGAUUUCUAUACUCCAGAUAAACCCGGAUACAGACCUGCUGAACGUCCAGAACAAGUAAAGCCAACAGAUAAUCUUAAGCCCGAAGGCGAGUUCUACAGCCCAGAGAAGCCGAAGUACCGUCCUGGUGAGCGUCCAUCUCAAGUCAGACCAGAGGACAACUUGAAGCCAGAGGGUGAUUUCUACACUCCAGAUAAGCCCGGAUACAGACCGGCUGAGCGUCCAGAACAAGUAAAGCCAACGGAUAAUCUUAAGCCUGAAGGAGAGUUCUACAGCCCAGAGAAGCCGAAGUAUCGUCCUGGUGAGCGUCCAUCUCAAGUCAGACCAGAGGACAACUUGAAGCCAGAGGGUGAUUUCUACACUCCAGAAAAGUCUGGAUAUAGACCAGCAGAGCGUCCAGUCCAAAAGAAACCAGUGGAUAAUCUGAAGCCCGAAGGCGAAUUCGUCGCGCCUGAGAAACAUGUUUACCGGCCAGCAGAGAAGACCGAAAGAGUCAUAAGAAAGGAUAAUUUGCGUACUGAAGGAGAAAUGACAUUUGUGGAAAGAGAGGAAUAUCAAUAUGUUGUUCGUCCUGAACAGGUGAAGCCAACGGAUAAUCUCAAGCCUGAAGGAGAUUUCUAUAGCCCUGAAAAGCCUAAGUAUCGCCCAGCAGAGCGUCCAUCUCAAGUUCGACCAGAGGAUAACUUAAAACCAGAAGGUGAUUUCUAUACUCCAGAAAAACCGAAGUUUAUGCCCGUUGAGAGACCUAAACAGAAGAAACCACAGGAUAAUCUGAAGCCUCUUGAUGGUAUUAUGUAUACACCAGAAAAAAUUAAAUAUCAGCCUGCUGAUCGACCUGAGCCUAAGAAAUAUGUUGAUAACUUAAAGCCUGAAGGUCAAAUGUAUAUUCCAGAAAAAGACACAUUUAAGCCAGCUGAAAAAGUGAAGACAAUUAUAAGAAAAGACAACCUAAAAACCGAGGGUUCUAUGAUAUUUACUAAAAAAGAGGAGUAUCAUCACGUCAGAAGACCCGAACAGGUGAAACCAACGGAUAACUUAAAACCGGAAGGAGAAUUCUAUACCCCGGAAAAAUCAACAUUCAAGCCAGCAGAACGACCAGUCCAAAAGAAACCCAAGGAUAACUUGAAAACAGAAGGUGAAUUCUAUAAGCGAACAGAUAGAACUGAAACUGACAGCACAACGGUGCUAGAGAGUGUUAAAAGAGAACCUGCCAAGCGGCCGGUGGAUAAUCUGAAGCUAGAAGGACCUAUGACUGUGACUAGAAAAGAUGAUUUUAAAACCACAACCAAUAAAACAAAUGUUGACCGAGUGCAGCGUACACAGAAAUACAGGCACAACAGCUCGACCAUCACCUUAGGUAAUGAUACUUCCAUUCUGAAGACAACCAACCAGAUGAACUUUGUGUCCGGCAAGGAUGCAGUGAAGCAAGUGGAUGUCAACAGCCAAAAGCCAGUCGAUGGUCUAAUUAUUGUUUCUACGAAGAAGGUCACAACGGUUAUCGGGGGCCGUGGGAAAAAGGAGCCGGAAACUGAGUAUGUGAAGCGACCAGCUAAGAUAAAUGUUAUUGAGAAUGUGUCCAAAAACACGACUACUACAAAUAUUGAGAACACACAGAACGUACACAAGGAAACAACAUCGAUGCAACGAAAUCUCAAUGUAUUAGAAAAAACAGCUGUAAAAACUGAGCAAAUACGUGGAACAACGGAUGAUACAAGAGCUCUUCAAACUUCAACAACGACAAGGAGAACUAACCAGGAUGACCGAGAUGUGACUCAAACGGGAGGCUUAACGUCCAAUACAGUCUCAGAUAGGACAGUUACUAACAAUGUCACCGAAACUGGAGGCUCAACAUCUCGUAUAGUCACAGGCAGGACAGUGACCAACAAUGUGACAGAGACGGGAGGCUCCACAACCCGUAUAGUUUCCGGCAAAUUUGUAACUGGAGAUACAACAUCUACCGCAGCUACUGGCCGUACAACUAUUAACAAUGUGGCUGACACAGAAGGCUCGACAACUCGUAUAGUCUCCGGUAAAGAAGUGACCAGGAACGUGGGAGAUGCUGGAAGCUCCCACAUCGUCUCGAGCAGCAAAACUAGUAAGAAUGUAAACGAGACUAGAGGUUCAACCACUCGCAUUGUCUCUGGUAAAUUAGUGACAACGAACGUUGCUGAAACGCGAAGCACUCAUAAUGUGACUGAGACUGGAGGCACAACAACCCGUAUAAUAGGCGGCAAACUAGUCACAACGAAGGUCAACGAAUCAGUAGGUUCCAAUUCUCGCACAAUCUCGGGAAGUCCAGCCUCAAAUAAUAUCAACGGAGGAUCUACAUCUCGUGUGGUUGACAACAGUUCGGUGACUAACAAUGUGAGUGGCAGCUCGUCGAAGCAUUUCCAUCACAGGAAGAGUGAGUUCUCCUCGGAAGCGGAUGUUUCCAACUCAAUCUUCCAUCGAAAGAACGUGUCAACCGAGUCAAAUCCACUCAGCAGCAGUCUGACCUCCAAUGGCAAAAUGCAGCGCAAGAGUAUUCUGAAUCUACACGAGCAAUCGCCGAGCUGCAGCGCCCAUUCACCUGAUCGCCAGAGCUACAGUAGCAUCCACCGCCAGAACAGGGAAUCGGAUUUGAGUACUAACUACUCCACGGAUCGUCGCAGUUGCAGCAUGCACAAGGAAAACAAGGAGCAUCAUGUGAAAACAUCUACGUCUUCCUCGUCCAUGUCACGUAUUAUAUCUGGUGGCGAUACAAAUCGAUCGAACCUGGAGAGAUCGACUCUCACACGAACAAAUGCAUCGAGCGGAGUUGAUUUUCCAUCGCAAUCGCAGUCGCAGACUCAUGUUACGCGUCAUCGCAACGGUGCUAACCAACAUUUGUCCAGUGGCAUCGACUUCGCCUCCUCCUCCUCCUCUUCAGCCUACAAUGUCCAUGGCCAGAGCGAACGUAUUGUGACCACACGACGCAGUAAUCAGUCAUCGAUUAGUCUAGGCAGCGACAAGUUCACUGGCUCGAGUCUCUAUAAGAGCGAAUAUAUAACUGCCCCAGCAACAACCUGUGCUGUUCAUAAGAUUAAACAAGGUGCAUUCCAGCCUACCAGAAGUACGCACGAUCAUAAAUUUUACAAAACCUCCAACUAACUGAUAAUUAACACACAAAUUUAUGCUCGUACGUUUCUUGUCUUGUCAAGUCUUGUCUUCAUAUCAUAUCACAUAGUGCCUAAGAUUCCAUGACAAUAUUUUUUUAUACAAUAUAUCUACUUACCUGAAGAAAACAAAAAACAUAUUGAAUUAUAAGAUUAACAACAAA